AUGAACACGCUUCGAACAGCAUUGUGGACCUCACGCGCAUGCAAGCUCGCCACCUUGCGCGGCCUCGCAGUCGCGCAAAGGCGCACAGUCAUGACCAUCGACAAGCCCUUGUAUACUGCACACGCCGUCGCCUACGGCAAGGGUCGUGAUGGUAAAGUCAAGUCCGACGACGAUGCCGGGCUCUCGCUGCGUCUGGGCACACCCAAGUCGCUUGGGGGCCAAGGGGACGGGAAUAACCCCGAGCAACUGUUUGCUAUGGGUUACGCUGCAUGUCUCUUGACCGCCAUACAACUCGCCGCGGGUCGUCUGGGAAAGACGCACGCCGCCUCGAAAGCGGCGGUAUACGCGAACGUCAACAUCGGCGAUGCGAAGGAGUACGGCGAUUACGGUCUCUCGGUCGACAUUCAGAUUGAAGGUGUCGAGGAUCAGGAGGUCAUUGACGCGGGACACAAGCUAUGCCCAUACAGCAGAAUGCUGGAGCACGGUGCAGUAGUGAACAUCACGAAGUAG